AUGGCUGUUCACGUACAUUUUAUCCUCCAUCGCCCCUUCCUUCCCCAUCUCCCAAACGCCCAUCUCUCCCAUUUUCGCACUCGCAUCCCGUCCCUUUCUCACCGCCAGGACGUGCACUGGGGUGAGAUCAGUAUGGACGUGCACUGGGGUGAAAUCAGCAUGGUGGACGCGGAACGUCGCCUGCUAGCCAACGCCGUUGGUGUACAUUCAUCCCAUCCCCCAUCGCCCCCUCAUUCCCCAUCCUCGCCAUCUCUCCAUCUCCCCCAUCCUCCCUUUCUCUCACCCCAGGACGUGCAUUGGGGAGAGAUCAGCAUGGUGGACGCGGAACGGCUUCUGCUAGCCAACGCGCUCCUGGACCCAGGCAAUGCACACAUCAUCCUCGACGUGCACUGGGAGAUCAGCAUGGUGGACGCCGAACGCCGUCUGCUAGCCAACGCUCUUCUGGACCCGGGCAAUGCGCGCUUUAUCCUCGUUUCAGAGUCCUGCGCUCCCCUCUUUAACUUCACAUUCGUUUACGAGUACCUCAUGGCCUCGCCCGAAGCAUACCUUACCAGGUCCAUGGCCCCAAACCCAGCUAGCCUUGUACAAGCAGUCCCCUCCCCAACCCCCCUCUUUUCCCUCCCCCCCCUCUCCUCCCCCCCUCCCCCCCACCCUGCCCUCUCCCCAACACAUCCCCCCUCCCCCUUCCCCCCCCCCCCCCCUCUUUCCCCCUCCGCACUUCUCUAG